AAUGGGAUUAACUUGUCUGAUUACUUCAUCGAUAGAAACUCCUGCAAUCCAAUCGUCUAUAUACACAAAAGAUAUUUACCCAAAGAACAUAAUGGAGAAAAUCAAAAGGAAACAAUGACGGAAACACAAAAGUGUCAACAUACCUACAAAAUUUACGAUGAAAGUUGUACUACUAAAAUUGAAGAAAAAGAUAUUUUGCUCGAACAAACCAUAAAAUUUGCCAAAGAUAUAAUUCCAUUGACAAUACCACCGAGCACAAAUACUAUAUCCAAUCCUGUUUACUAUACAGUUAAAUCAAGCAAACAGACUAAAAGAAAACAUGGGUCUUGUGAACAUAAACCAAAGCAUGCAGAUGUUAAACUUAAUGAGGUAAAAUUAAAACGUGAAACCGGAGUCAAACAAGAGAGAAAACGAGCCAAAGGAAGAAAUGUGGAUUCCUCGAGCCGUUCUUCCCAAAAUAAUACAAUAGAUGACACCAACGAAAAUCAUUCGUUAUGCUGUUCUUUAUCCGAAAUAUCAGAUCAAAAACAUUUGAAAGAAUCUCAUGAAAGAAAAUCGAGGAGAAAAGAUAUUCGAAAAAUAAUACCUUCAGACACCUUUGAAGCUGUUGCAACUGAAUACAUUAAUACAAAUGAUUCAAAUAUUAAAAUUCAUCUUAUGAACGAAAAAGAAAAACAAUUGCUGUGUGACAGUAUAAGCGCCCCGGUAGCAAAAACAAUGAAAGAAUUGUUUUUAGAUUUAAAUGUUCAAUCUGACGUGAGAGAUGACAUAUUUCAUGUACAUAAAUUGAUUGAAACACAAUCAAACAAACUCGAUAGUGUUUUAGAGAAAUUGACACGCAUUGAAAAUAAAAUAGACAACAUCACCAAGGAUCAGAAAACUGGAAGGGAUGACAAUUUCAAAACUUUGAAAACAUCAAAAUUAGAAGAAAUUGGAAAAGACAUUUUGAACGUGAAAGAAAAUUUCAGUUCUGAAGAAGAGUUAGCACAGGUUGAAUUAUUAAUGAAAAAAACAGGCAAAACUUCUUCUGUUACCAGCAUGGCAACAAAAGAUAAAGAUGGUACGGAGGAUGAUUUCUCAAAAGGCGAGAAUGUUCCAGAGUAUUAUAAGGCAUCUACGUCACAAGUGAUUAUCAAACCAGAACGUCCGAAUAGAAUACCUGCGAGAUUCUGCUGGACAGAUACCAUUAAGAAAAAAUAAAACAAUUGAAGCUCGUGUCUGUUA